ACAACGCCACCGUUCACGCGACUCUUCGGGCGCGGGUUCCCCCCACCAAAAAAAAAAAGGCCCUCGAAGUUUCCUUCGUUCUCGAAAAAGCCCCCCUCGAUAAAUUUUUGCACGAAGGGAUAAGCCCCUCCGGAUCGGAUCUGUUUCAAUUUGGUGUCCUCCGAUGGGUUCCGAGCUCAUCUACCGCGGCCACGAAUCGCCUCCCCAGGAGGUUCCCGGGUACUCCCCGAAGCCCGCGAAGCCGCUCCCGUGGCUCUCGCGCCCGAUCCGGUACCUCGUCUCGGAGCAGCGCCUCCUCUUCGCCCUGCUCGGGAUGGCCCUCGCGGCGAUCGUCCUCUCCCUCGCCCCGAGCGGCGGCGGCGGCGGCGGAGGCGGCGAGGUGGCGGCGAGGGCGGCGGUGGCGGCGGCGGCGGUGGGGCGGAGAUCGGUGCACCGGGCGGCGAUCGAGGGGGUGGGGGUGGGGAUGUUCGUGGGGGGGAAGGUGCCGCUAGGGUUGCGGAGGAAGGGGAAGAGGAUCGUGGUGACGGGGGGUGCGGGGUUCGUGGGGAGCCACCUGGUGGACCGGCUGAUGGCGCGGGGGGACAGCGUGAUCGUGGUGGACAACUUCUUCACGGGGCGGAAGGAGAACGUGGCGCACCACCUCGGGAACCCCAACUUCGAGCUCAUCCGCCACGACGUCGUCGAGCCCAUCCUCCUCGAGGUCGACCACAUCUACCACCUCGCCUGCCCCGCCUCCCCCGUCCACUACAAGUUCAACCCCGUCAAAACCAUCAUAUCUGUUGUUGUUGCUGUUGUUGUUGUUGUUCGUUUGGCGAAGAGGGUGGGGGCCAGGUUCCUGCUCAGCAGCACCAGCGAGGUGUAUGGCGACCCCCUCCAACACCCCCAGGUCGAGACCUACUGGGGCAACGUUAAUCCUAUUGGCGUGAGGAGUUGCUACGACGAGGGGAAGCGCACGGCGGAGACGUUGACCAUGGACUACCAUCGUGGUGCCCAGCUCGAGGUGAGAAUAGCUCGGAUCUUCAACACUUAUGGGCCUCGCAUGUGCAUCGAUGAUGGCCGCGUCGUCAGCAACUUUGUCGCCCAGGCUCUGAGGAAAGAGCCCAUGACAGUUUACGGCGAUGGAAAGCAAACGAGGAGUUUCCAGUAUGUCUCCGAUCUGGUGGAAGGUUUGAUGCGAUUGAUGGAAGGAGAACACAUCGGCCCGUUCAACCUGGGUAAUCCCGGCGAGUUCACGAUGCUUGAGCUUGCGAAAGUGGUCCAGGACACGAUCGACCCGAACGCCCGGAUCGAGUUCCGGCCCAACACGGAGGACGACCCGCACAAGCGCAAGCCCGAUAUCACUCGGGCCAAGGAGCUAUUGGGCUGGGAGCCCAAGAUCCCCCUCCGCGAGGGCCUCCCCCUCAUGGUCUCCGAUUUCCGCAACCGCAUUUUUGGCGACCACUCCACCUCGUCCUCCUCCACCACCACCGCCACCGCGGGCUCCUCUUAAGUCUUUAAGUUACGACCGUCGGAUCAUCAUCGGUCCGAGUUAUCUUUACGCAAGUCAAAGGAGGAAGAAAGAAAGGAGCAAUAAGUGAACAUACAUCUACUUGAACUUGAAGGCUUACUAUAAGCUUUGGCUACUAAAUCAGAGUAGCUACGUAGAAGUUAGUAGUGGAAUCAUUUUAUUGUUACCAAUAAUAUUUUUCAUGCUUACUCUGUAUUAUCAUUUCUUUUUUGACCUUUUGUUGGUAGUUAUUUUUUAUUCUCUCUUAUGAAUUGUCAAAAUGGAUGCUUCUUUGUUGAUAUCCUAUCUAUGUCAAAAUGAGACCAUUAAUACAAUGCUUUCAAAAAAA